GUUAUCAACGGUAUCACAUUCAUUUGCUUCGAUCCGGAGUAAUACCCACAUUUGCUCCUCUACAAACACUAGUCUUCUACUAAUUGCACCAAUAUCACACCUGGUAGGCAGACCCACACACAUUUACACACUUUUACUACGCAAUUUGGCUUUAACAGUUUACAAAACACACACAUAUAUAUACACACCACUCUGCUUCCCCACCUCAAUCAUGUCAUCGGAUUUGAAAGUCAGGGGAGGAAUACCGGCCAUCACUGGUGAAAUUGACUACACUAAUGCAUUCCACAUAUUUCCAGAAACACUCAAACCAUUCAGAAGCAGUAUACUCGCGUAUUCAUCGUCAUUCUUGUCCACACUCAUAGGGUUCCCCCUUGACACCGUGAAAACAAGAAUGCAAACCCACAAGAACUUCACCAGCUAUUGGGAUUGCAUAUUGAAAACAUACUCUAAAGAGGGGAUCAAGGGGUUCUUUCGAGGCAUAUGGGCGCCAAUUGUCUCCACCUCGUUUUCAAAAUCAUUCAGUGUUUCCAUAUUCACCGCAGUGAAACCGGAGUGCUAUAGUUUAUUCUAUGAGACUCGCUUCAACAAAGAUACCAAGGAACUACACCCUUUUCUACGAAAUAUACCAGUGUGUUUCGUCUCAGGGCUAAUUGCCGGUGCCGGAGUGUCAUUAUUCGCAUGUCCAUUCGAAUACACCAAGAUCUACGCUCAACUCGAGAAACUCGUAAGAAACAAAUCCUUAAAGGAACUACCGGCCCACAUGCAGACAUCCCACCAGGAAGUCCCUCGAACAUCAACAUUAGCAAUCGUUAAACAAAUAUUAAAACACGACGGUUUCAUUGGAUUGUACUCCGGUUACAAGUAUCAUUUAUUGCGUGAUGCAGUGUCCACUGGAUUCUACUACUCGAUCUACGAAUCCAUGAAAUGGGCCAGCAACAAUGUAAUAAAUGCGGACCCUACCAAGUCCUCACCCUUUUCAGUAUUGAUAGCCGGUGGGUUCUCGGGCGUAUUAAGUUGGGUCUUGAUUUUCCCCGUAGACACCACCAAAUCGCUAGUUCAAAAGGAUGCAGUUACAAACAUCCUCCGACGGGAUCAAGGGUUGGCCCCACUUCCUCCCAAGCAUAGAAAGUUACAGAAAUUCGAAAAGAGAUCGUAUCGAGGAUUAGCCAUAUCUAUAACGAGAUCAUUUUUGGUAAACAUGGUGUUUUUCAGUGCAUAUGAAGCGGCAAUGGUAUACCUUGCCUAGAAUUUACAUUCUAAAUAUUACAUUUUAUACAGGGAUUAAUUUAUAGAAUUGAAUAUAUCUAAUGACUUGAUUUGCGCCCCCUAUCACCAUCACCACUCUUUGGGUGAUUAUCAGAUUGAAUUCGCCUGCCACUACUUCGUCUUUUCUUAACCACUUCAUGUUCAAACUCUUUUUGCAACUCUUCAAUUGGUCUUUUCAAUGGUGAUCGAGAUCUUGUUCGUGCCGCUGGAGUGUCAAAUGGCACCCCGAUAAACUCUGGAGACUUUGAGGAAAGAGUAUCAGGUUGAGGGUGGGAAACUUCCUCACUAUCUUUUCUGGAGAUUCUCGACGAUCUUCUGCUUCUGACUCGAGGUUUCUUGUCAUCAUCUUUUGUAGGUAACAACGCUGGAAUAGAACUUAAGAAAGAGUCAGCAGCAUCACGCUCCUUUCUUCUUCCUCGAACUUUGCCAUAUCCUAAAUCGGGAAGGUCCAGAGUAGAUGGAGGUGAUCCAGGGUCUACUUUAUUUUUUGCUGAGUCGGGACUACCACGAGCUUUAGAUUGUUCUUCGACUUUAUUAGGUUCAGAUUCGACAGGUAAUUCAGCGUUGACCGGAUCAUCAGUACCAUCUGGCUCAUGUUCGACCUCCGCCUUUGC